AUGCUCGCAAUCUUGGCUGCCAAACUGCAGGCUUCAAGCCGUGCCAAACAAGGUCCGAAGCCGAUAUGGUACGAUGUCGGUGGAGGCACCGGCUACAACAUCGAGGUGAUGGAUAGUAUACUUGGAAUCGAGUCUUCCUUUGAGCAUGUCUUUCUCGUCGACCUCUCGCCGUCUCUGUGCGAGAUUGCAAGAGAACGUGUGAGGAAGCAGGGUUGGACCAAUGUCACUGUCCUUUGUCAAGACGCCCGCAGUAUUGCCUGCUCAGCCGCCUCGGCAGAUCUGAUCACCAUGAGCUACAGUUUGUCCAUGAUUCCAGACUUUUACAGUGUGGUCGACAUGUUAACCGGCUUUCUCGCCCCUACCGGUCUUAUUGGCAUUUGCGACUUUUACGUCCAGAGUAUUGUGGAUGUUUCUUCUCGGAAUUAUAUUGGUGGGACGUUCAAUCGCCAUGUCAAUUGGCUUGGAAGGAUGUUCUGGAGGACGUGGUUCGACGCGGAUCGAGUAAAUCUCGAUGGUGGCAGACGAGACUACGUCGAAUAUCGCUUCGGCACCAUUUUAUCCGUGAGCGAGCGCAAUUACUUGCUUGGCGGUAUACCCUAUUACAUUUUCGUUGGACGCAGACGAGAAACGGGCUCAUUGACAGGUGAUGGCCACAAUGUCUUGGAAAAGCUGGACGCCUCAUUGACCGAAUCGCCCUAUCUUUCACCAAUGAAAUUUCGAGAACAGCAAACCAUGCUAGCCCAAGAAGAUAUUCCUCGAUCCAAGCUGUACGAAUCGGCCAUUGUCAAUCUGAGCUCGAACUUGCCACUGCCCGCAGCGUUCUACCAGGAGCAUCACUGGCGCAUUCACUACAACGAUCUACUCCAGAAACACCAGCAAUUUGGCAAUGAAUACAUCUACGCUUUCAAUUGGGAAGACCCGAAAGUCGACCGUCAGCUGCUCAACAUCACCAAAGACGAUGUUAUCCUGACCAUCACGAGUGCUGGUGACAACAUUCUCGAUUAUCUUCUCGAACAACCAAAGCGUGUUCACGCCGUCGACCUCAAUCCCAAUCAGAACCAUCUCCUUGAGCUCAAAGUCGCCGCCUUUACGGCACUGCCAUAUACAGAUAUCUGGCUGCUAUUCGCUGAAGGCAAGCACCCCGAUUUCCGCAAUCUCCUCUUGCACAAACUCAGCGCCCACAUGUCUAGCCAAGCAUUCCAGUACUGGCUGAACAAGGCGCAUGUAUUCUCCGUCGAAGGUGGUGGACUUUAUGAGACAGGAGGAUCGCGUCAUGCCAUCAAACUCGUCCGACGACUGGUCAAACUCUUUGGCCUGAGUAGCAAGAUCCAGACACUGUGCAACGUGGAGACUCUUAACGAGCAGCGCGAGAUCUGGCCAGUGAUACGCAAUCUGCUCCUCAGCUGGCCUCUCCAUCGUCUCGUUGUUUCGACAGAAUGGUGGGCUUGGAAAGCCGCCGGAGUGCCCCCUGCGCAACAUGCCCUCAUCCUGGAUGAUUUUGCAAAGAAGUCCCAGCAACCCAAGUCAAAAGCCGCGUGUGGCGAAGCCGUUUGGCAAUAUGUUGUGGAUACAUUGGACCCCGUGGUGGAAACGACUCAGCUCAGUCGCGACAACUAUUUUUACUAUGUCUGUUUGCAAGCGAAGUACUCGAGAAAAUGCCAUCCUCGUUAUCUCGGUCCCAAAGCAUACGCCAAACUCUCGAAACCGGACACAUUUGACGGUCUGCGUAUCCACACAGACGAGUUCAUGGAAGUCAUUGCCCGCAUCACUCCCUCAACCUUGACCAUUGCGAUUCUCAUGGAUUCAAUGGACUGGUUCAACCCGUCAGAACCUGCCGCGAGAGAACAAAUUGUGGCACUGAACAAAGUCUUGAAGUUGGGUGGUCGAGUACUCUUCCGAUCCGCUGCACUUCGACCUUGGUAUACAGACAUCUUUGAACAGAACGGAUUCGAGGCACGAUGCGUCGGUCGCCGAGAUUCUGGGAAAUGCAUUGAUCGCGUCAACAUGUACGCAUCGACCUGGUUAUGCUUCAAGCGCGUCAGUGUAUCGAACAGUCCGGUCCUGGCGCACAAGAAGCGUUCGAGCACGACCGUCUCGACGUUGGAUGAUUUGACGCUGACCCCAGCGGCCAUGGAGUACUGA